CUCCCGGUCCAGGUCCAGUCCCUCCAUUGACAGAAGACAAAAGAGCUUAACCUGCCCCCGAGAUUGAAAACCAGUCAGACUUGGUGCCUACGACACCAAAAGGAAGUUCAUUCGUGAUUCGGAGACUGACUGGAACAGAAUGUCCAACAAGAAGACAGUGGUAUUUCUGGUCAAAAGUUCAAGAAAAAGAAGUUAUAAAUCACAUAUUUCAAUAGCAAAAGCAAAUUCAAACCCUUUUACCGAACAGGGAAACGGAAGAAAGAUGGGGAAGCUCGGUUGCAACGUUGAUGGGAAUUUGGACGACACAAAGUUCAGCCAGCCGAUGCCAUGGAUUGGCAUCUACGUUGCAGCUGCGUCCCUGGCUUUUCUCUUCUCCAUGGCCGUGGAUGCCAUCCAUGGAAUCCGCCAGCGGAAGUUCUGGUUCCCUUCAAAAUUCUCCUGUCUCAACGCCACUUCCCUGACCUUGUUAGCCGUGGCAAUUAAACUGUCGGUCGAUCUAAAUACCGCGAUGCCUCGCCGCCAGGAUCAGCUUGCGAAACUCAGCAGCGCGGUCUUCAUCUGUACGGUAAUGGGUAAUUCCAUGCCUUCUCUUGGAACCAUGGAGAACAGAGAAAUAUUUAUGAACAUUAUGGCUUUGGCUAUUCUUGUUAUUACUGUUAUUGUGAAUAUCUGCAUCCAAUUAGGUACCGGGGUAAUCUUUGUUUUCUGGAAAGAACAUGCUUUCAUCAUGUUUAUCAUGCUUGUUUUGCUUCUUCUCUUGAGUUUUUCUGCUUUAACAGUCCCGAUUACCAAGCAGUAUUUGGAAUACAAGUACAAUAAAAAGUACCAAUUAGCUCUGAAAGAAGGCUCGAAUGAAAGUGAUAAACCGCUUGUUGACAAACUUAGAGAAGAUCUUAUGAAACAUUGGAUGAUGGCUCAUACGGGCAGCCCCCAGUUUGUGAUGGGGCGUUCAGUGACGUGCACCGCUUCGGGAGCCUUCUGUCUUCUGAGCGCCGCAACUUUAGCGGAAGCCAUGAUUAGAUCCUACUUCAUGCCCUGGUCUCUCAAAUUUUGCAGUGGAGAGUCUGAUUAUAAGUGGUCGGCCUGUUUAGUUCUUGUUACACAGACUAUUGCAGUGGCAGUCGGUACUAUUGGCCCAGCUUGUAGAUGGUUCAUCGCCAUCAGUUUCAGGUGCACAAACACAAGCAGGAAUCAAACCUACAAAAAUGAAUUUAAAGUAGAGAAGUAUUGGAUCCAGAGCCUAUUAGAGAUGAAAGAGUGCCCGUUAACUUUAUUACGAAUUCGUAACAGGCACUGUAGGAAACUUGCUCAUGAUGCGAAAUAUCAAUUCUUAAAUUUGUGUAUCACAGUGCAGAUUGGAAUUGUGCUAAUGAGCAAAGCGAUUCGCCUCAUUUCCGUUUACGUGGUAAGCUGGAUCUUGUCAUGCUGCAACUGCUGCAAACAGAUGAAGAAGUUUACAGUCGAGAAAGUUUCAAACACUGAAUCAGUUUCCGGAUCACAGCCUUCCUCAAAGAUGGAUCUUAGCGGUUUUGUUUUGCAUCUCGAAGGCGAGGAAGCAUUGGUUGGGACGAUGAUGAAAUGCCAUUGUGAUCCUACUGCUUAUUGGUUUCGGAUGGGGGAAAAGAAUCGGCCCAAAUACCUCAUAAAACUAUUGGAGAGAUCUACACGGGGAUUCAAGGGAGUUGGAGAGUUUGACAGUAACCAAAUUCCCUCUCUAGAUUCUGAAGAACCACCAAAUUGUUGGGCUCUUCCUGUGGCGACGCUAACAAGUAUCGCAUUAGCACUUCCAAGCAUCAGCCCCAAUUCAGUUAAAGAACUAGUAUCUGGUGUGAAUGAAGGUCUGACGUAUGUAAGACUCGUAGAAAGUAACCUGCAUGCAAAAGAAGAUCUUAUCAACACCAAAAGAGCAGCAGAGGUGGUGUGGGUACAAGUGGAACUCUAUCACAAGUGGUUCGAUGUGGAUCUACAUAAACUGUCCCUUCAAGGAAAAAGUCCCAAGGAAACACUUCAAGAACUUUCAGAAGCAGCAAAGAACAGGCUUGCGGAGUUCCACAAGAACCCCACAAUUCAAUGUUUAAAGCAACGCUCUUCGAAGUGGCCUGUCAACGUACUAGCUGCCAAUUCCAUGUACAGAAUAAGUCAAACUAUGCUUCGAAACAAACACAGCGCAAAUGACCAGACGGGUGAGAAAUUAUAUGAAGCUGUUGUUGUCAUGAUCUCUGAUAUUCUGGGAGCCUGCCUUGUCAACAUGGAGCGUUUUAUACGCAUGAAGGCUUUGAGCAGCGCCAUUGAAGAGAGGGAAGAGAGCGUGAGGCAUGCAGUUCGGAUUCUUGGCAAAACUGAAAGUAUUCUAAACCUUCAAGAACAGAGAGGAGUUCCAUGUUUGGAUCCUUGUCAAAUGGCAUGCAUCGACGAAUGGCGUUCAUUUUACAUGCAGAAGCCCUCCCCAAUCAGUCCCUCUCCGUCAGAGACUGAGAAGACUUCUUCGGAAUCGAAUGAUUUGUACCUUACCAUCGAGUAGAAUAGACAAGGGUGGAGUUGAUAAACAGACGGCUUAUGGUUAAAUGUCAGUGCAAAGUUUGUAGGGGGAGAAAAUGACUUCUGCCUCUUAGACGAUGAUUUUGUAAAUAUAGCAACUAUCCUUAAUUAUGUAAUAU